AUGGCUGAAACUAAUAUUUUUAUAGAAUAUUGCUAUGGUGUUCGGUAUAUAGAGAAAGGAGCUUUGGAUAAAUUAAAGAACCUUAAGUUCGUAAAGCUACGGAUGAACAGCAUUAGAGCAAUACCUUAUGGACUUUUUAAUGGCUCAACAGCAAUUCGAGAAAUGGACUUGUAUAAGAAUCGAAUUGCAUUGAUCCAAAAUGGAGCGUUUCGAGACUUAGCCAAUUUGAAGUAUUUAAAGUUAUCUUCCAAUCAAAUCCCUCAAUUGGUUAAUAACACUUUUUCUGUGCUAUCUUCACUUGAAGAGCUUGAAUUGUCUAGUAACCUUAUUGAGAUUAUUGAAUAUCAUGCAUUUACUGGCUUGAUUAGUAUCAAGAUUAUAGCUCUUUCAAGUAAUAACAUCAGCAGGAUUGAAUGGCAAACUUUUGCAGGUUUUCCUAAGUUGGAAACGUUGUAUUUAGAUAAUAACGCCAUAGACAGCAUUGAAACUGGAGCAUUUGAUGGCUCAAGUAGAUUAAGAGAAUUAUGGCUACAGGGAAAUAAUUUGAUCAUUAUAAGCAGUGGUAUGCUAUCGGAAUUAAAUUAUUUACAGAUCUUACAAUUAUCCGACAAUCAAAUAAGUCAUUUAGAUAAUACAAGCUUAAAUUCCCUAAUUCAUCUGAAGCUGUUGAAUUUGGCCAACAAUAGACUUGCGAGUCUUUCUGCCAUUGCCAUGAACAGUUUAACUUCUCUAAAUGUCUUAUAUUUAAGAAACAAUCAGAUUAGGGUUUUGGGACAAAUUGUAAUAGAUGAAUUAUACCAGUUACAGGCUAUAGCGUUAGAUGGCAACUUAAUUGCCAGUUACGAUAGUAUUUUAUCGACUCAUAAUAUUAAAAAGAUAAAUUUAUCCUAUAAUAGAAUAGCCUUUCUUACCGUGAAACAUCUAUCAAGUUUAACUUUUUUAGAACUACUUGAUUUAAGAGGAAACAAAAUAGCAAGUAUUCCAACAGGAUUUUUUCAAGGGUUAACUUGUCAAAAGUAUCUUACAGAUAUCAACUUAUCAGGGAAUCAACUUGCUUAUCUUCGUGGAGAUACAUUUAGUUCAUUAAGUAAUCUAAAGCACUUACGAAUUGAUAGUAAUCCCAUCGACUCUAAACCAUUUCUUAAGAAUGUUUCAAGUUUGAUAAGCCUGACAUUAAUCAAUAACAAAAUUAAAUGCCUUAACGAAAUCGUUAUCAAUGAUUUAAAAAAUUUGCAAAACCUAUCUGUACGACAAAAUUUCAUAACAAAGUUAAAAUCUGCUUUAUUUAAAUCGCUGAAGAAUCUUACUCUCCUGUCUUUAAAUCAUAAUCGAAUAGCAAGUUUAACAUUUCUCCGCUUUUCCAGUUUAAAGAAUUUGCAGAAAAUAUCGUUAAUUGAUAAUCAAAUUAAAGAAUUAGAUGAGGAAGAUUUUAAAAGUCUUAAUGGCCUAGAAGCAAUUUAUUUGGAUUACAAUUCUAUUUCGAGCAUAAAAGAUACAAGUUUUACUCAACUUAAUAAACUUCAAAUUCUGGAUGUCAGUUUUAAUAAAUUGGCUUCUAAUGUCCCUGAAUUUGUCGAUCAAAUAUUUCGUCGAGAUUUAAGACUUAUUCGGCUUGGAAUUAGCGGAAAUAGAAUUACACAUUUAUGGCAAGCAUAUCAGAAUGGUCUCUUUAGAAAAGAAAUAGGAUUGGAUAUUAGUUACAAUGAUUUACCAAUUGAUGAAGUACAACGUUUGAUUAGCAAUGUGUUCCCUCUCCACUCUUGUCAUCGCAACGCAAUAAAUGGAUGGUAUAAUGUCUUUGUUACACCAUGGGUCUUCCGCUGUUGGUUUAUGUACUUAGGUUUAAGCGGUUUAAAGUUACAGAAACUUCCAACCAACAGUUUACGAAAUCUAGAAGGUUUAAUCUACGCAUUGUAUUUGAACAAUAAUAAUUUGACUGAGUUUGAUGUUGAAGAUAUUUUUUAUGGAAGCGAUAGUAAUAUGCGGGAACUCCAACUUUCCAGUAACAACUUGAAAGCUAUUACAAAUAGACAGAAUAUUCGCUUCUUAAAAUUGCAGCUCUUAUCAUUAAAGGAUAAUCCAUUAACAUCAGUUCAUGCGCAGUCUCUUUAUGGGCCUCUAGACUUAUCAACAACCUUAUGCUGUAACGACAAUUGCAACACAGAUAAUUUCUCUGUUGAAAGUAUAGCUAGUUCUAAGUUGGCUGCUACUAAGCGUUUCUAG